AUGUAUCAGGAAAAUAUAGGACUUCGGGCGUUCAACUUUUCCUGGAACCCGUUGGUCAAUAAGGCGGGGACAGAACUUGCACGUGCGAUUCGCGAAAAUUCGAGUCUGACAGAUUUGACCAUUCGUGAUUGUCGUAUUGAAGACAACGUGGCAGAAGCGAUUGGUCAGGCUCUGUUCGUUGGAUCUGCGGAGGAUUCGAAACUGCAAAGCUUGGAUUUACGUGGCAAUCCGAUCAGCACAAGCGGAGUACUGCGUUUGCUAAACCAAAUUAAUCGUAUUGAAACAACGAAACUGACGAAGAUUAGGAUGGAGGAUAUUUCGUUUGACUGUCCAUGUAUGCGAAUGAUUGAAACGAUUGAACAGAAGUUACCCAACCUAUACAUUGUACACGGUCCUGAACUCAUUGUUGGCAACACGGUUGAGGAUGUCAAAUCAGCCGGCGGCCAGUUUGCCGAUCUGUUUUCACUACUGCGACUGGGUAUCCGGUUCGGAGGCAAACGUCUUGUCGAUGCUCUCAUGGAUGCCGAUACGGAAGGCGCUCAAACAGUCACCGUAUCACAAUUUGUGGAAGCAUUGACGGUAAGAUGCCCGCAUCGUAUGGAAGAAAAUCGAUGCCUUAUGUGGAAUGUUUCAUUGAUUGAUGUGGCUUCAUGUGCCUGUAGUGAAUUAAAACGAGUCGCUGAAUGA